AUGCACAGAUACAGCCAAUACCUGUUGACUUCCUUGGCUUAUGACUACUAUGUGGCCAUUUGCCGCCCUCUUCAGUAUCCCAUUCUCAUGAGUGUGAAGGUCUGUGCCAGCUUGGUGGCCGGGUCCUGGCUGUGUGGCUUGGUGAAUUCUGUGACUCACCCAGCACUGACAGCCACACUCACUCUGUGUGGACCUAACCAGAUGAAACAUUUUCUCUGUGACAUCCCACAGCUCCUGAAGCCGUCCUGCUCAGACACCUCUGUCAACGAGACUGUGCUCCACGUGGCCAGUGCCACCAUCGGCCUGAGCCCCUGCCUGUUCACUGCAGGUUCCUACGUGCUCAUCAUCUCUGCCAUCUUUAGGAUCCCCUCUGCUCAGGGCAGGAGAAAGGCCUUCUCCACCUGCGCCUCACACCUCACUGUGGUGGUGGUUUUCUUUGGAACAGCCAACUUCAACUACGACAGACCCAGUGAAGGCUACUCCCUGGACGUGGACAUCCCGGUGUCUGUGCUCUUCUGUGUUGUGACCCCCAUGUUGAACCCCAUCAACAGCCUGAGAAACAAGGAGGUCAAGGGUGCCCUGAGGAUGUUACUAGAAAACACGGAUUCUCUGGUGAGAUAA